AUGAUACUCUGGGUAAAUCGAGGUGUUGGCACCCAUAUCUAUCCCUUAGGACUGACUGGCGUCUCACAUUUCUAUAUCAAUCUGUUCGUCUGCGAGAUCCUCUACACGCUCUCUCUAUGCUUCACCAAAUACUCCAUCCUGCUGUUCUUCUGGCGUAUCUUCAAUCUUACCAACAUUCGCAUUCCGAUCUAUAUCAUAGCAUCCUUGAUCACAGGCUGGGGCCUGGGUAUAAUCUUGACAACCAUUUUCCAAUGUGUGCCUGUCCAAGGACUGUGGGAUUUCUCUAUCACGGCACACUGCGGUGUGAACAUCAACGACUUUUUCAUCGGCAACGCAGUCCCAAACAUCAUCACAGAUUGGGCUCUGUUGAUUUUGCCCCUACCAUAUGUGUGGAAGAUCCAGCAAAAUACCACCCAAAAAAUUGCGUUAUGUGGAGCUUUUGCAAUGGGAGGGUUCAUUUGCAUCAUUUCAAUCAUUCGCUUAGUGGUCAUGUUAGACUCGUACAAGACACCAUCCGUCGAUGUCACAUGGGUUUUUAUUGGCCCUUCCACUUGGACGGCCGUGGAGGCUAAUAUCGGCAUUGUAUCUGCCUGUCUCCCCUCGCUUGGACCCCUGAUAAAAUUAAUCACUCGGAAGGCCAGUCUUGAGGAGACCAACGAUGACACUUAUAAGCUAUCCAACUGGUAUGGACGCUCAUUAGUAUCGGCAAAGAGCGGGGACCGCCUGGAAUACAACGUCCACAUGGCUGGAAUUGGUGUGAGGACAAGUGUGGAUGUGGAAACCUACCAACAAUAUCAUGACAACAUGUUUGAAGUGUGA